AUGAGCGACCUCGAUAAAGCUAUCGCACAACUGCGCGCCUGUCGACCGAUACCCGAAGCGCAAGUCCGAGAGCUAUGCCACAAGGCGCGCGAGCUGCUCAUUGAGGAAGGAAAUGUUGUCACGGUUACAGCCCCCGUAACGAUAUGUGGCGAUAUUCACGGCCAGUUUCACGACCUCAUGGAGCUCUUCCGAGUAGGCGGGGAUGUUCCCGAUACCAACUACCUCUUCAUGGGUGACUUUGUCGACCGCGGCUUCUACUCCCUCGAGUCCUUCCUCCUUCUUCUCUGCCUCAAAGUCCGCUACCCCGACCGCAUGACCCUUAUCAGGGGCAACCACGAAUCCCGCCAAAUCACUACCGUCUACGGCUUCUACGACGAGUGCCUUCGGAAAUACGGCUCCGCCAACGUCUGGCGGUACUGCUGCGACGUAUUCGACUACCUCGCCCUCGGCGCCAUCGUUCUCGGCGCAUCACACACAUUCAACUCCACUCCGGGACAAGACCCCAUCAGCGAAGAUACUGAGAUUGAGGUCUGCGAUCAGAACGGCUCAACAAUGAGCCGCUUCCCCCGACAGAGACGACCACAAAGGCAACCUACGAAUAGCCCCAACGGUGCCCCCUCGUCCGGCGGCGACAAGACAGGCCCGCCAGGAAGCGGCGCAUCAGGAAGCGCAUCAGGUUCUAUAGGCAACCCCGCCGGAGCCAUUCUGUGCGUUCAUGGCGGGUUGUCCCCGCUUAUAGACAGCGUAGAUAAGAUCCGGCUGUUGGACAGAAAGCAGGAAGUCCCCCACGAGGGCGCCAUGUGCGAUCUGCUCUGGUCCGACCCGGACGAGAUCGACGGCUGGGGCCUGUCGCCGCGCGGUGCGGGCUUCCUCUUUGGCGCCGAUAUCGUCCGCGACUUCAACCACAAGAACGACCUCUCGCUCAUUGCGCGCGCCCACCAGCUGGUCAUGGAAGGGUUCAAGGAGAUGUUCGACGCCAGCAUCGUGACGGUGUGGUCGGCGCCCAACUACUGCUACCGCUGCGGCAACGUGGCGGCCAUCCUCGAGCUAGCCGAGGACGAUUCGGGCACGGGCGUCUUUGCGCGCAGCAACGGCGAUCGGGGACGCAGCGACGGCAAUAUUCGGGGCACCGACGACCAGGUACUCCUCCCCGGGCCCGCGAGGAGGUACCGCGUGUUCCAGGCCGCGCCGCAGGAUUCUAGGGGCAUGCCUGCGAAGAAGCCCGUGGCGGACUACUUUUUGUAA